AGAAGAAUCCGAAUAUGCUGCGAGGGGUAAAUGAGGGACAUCAGUGAGGUUACAAAGGCAGCGCUUGGCUGUGAGGGAAAGGCUGGAGCAGGUUAGGAGGCUUCACUUGAUGCUGACGUAAAACAUGUCCGCCCUUUGUCUCCCGUCUGUCUUUCUACAGUUUAACCUACAUGUCCGUCCUCCUUUGGCGAUCCAAUUAGUCCUUUGCUUCAUCCAUCCUUUCCACCCGCCUUCUUCUCUUCAAGUAAUAAGAUUGACAGUGUUGAGCUAGAGUUUUAAUGGCCAACAGUGAACAAACACACACACAGACACACACAGAGGCAACCUCCGCUCCUGAAUUACAGCGCUGCCACACCUCCAGCUCUCUGUAAUCUGCCUCCGUAGACCACAGUGUGCUGAGUGAAGAACUUACAGAGGGGUGAAGAGGCAUCGAAAGGUGCACAAAACAGAAAAAAACUCAUCGGAUUUAAAGGAAGCAAGAAGGCAAAUCAAAGAAAUAGAAAAAUGGAUUAACAGAAAGAGGAAGAACUGGCAUCGUUUUUGUUGUUGUUGGAGACGAGGAGUUUCAAGGACUAAAGCCGUGACCUUCCAGAGCCUUCCAGCAAAUCCUCCCUUUUCUGCAGAAGACCUGGACUAUCUCUGUCAUCAUGGUGGACCUGUUCCUAGACCGAGUUCUGGUGGAGAACAACUGGGACCAGGAUGAACUCAACACGGAGCGGGAGAUCAUCGGGAUCCUCGAAAACCGCAUCGUGAUGCUGUUCUUUGCCUCUGCAGAGUGCGGCAGGUGCCAGGAGUUCCUGCCGCUUCUGAAUGACUUUUUUAAGAGACUGAAAGACCCGGCAUACAUCGAAUACCCCAAACUGCUCGCCCUCGUCUACGUCAGGUCUCCACCCGUCUUUCUUUGUAUCUCCUUCAUGCCCACAUGUGAUUGCAUGACUUUCCACUCUCCAGUUUCAUCCUUCACAAAAUGUCCAUCUCCAUCUCCUCUCUCCAGCUUGGACCAGUCGGAGGCGCAGCAGGAGAGAUUCCUCAGAGAUCUGCACAAAAAGGUCCUGUUUUUGACCUUUGAUGAUCCAUACAAGAAAGAACUACAGGUCAGGUUUAAGGUGAAGGAAGUACCAACAGUCGUGGUGCUUCGUCCCGACGGCUCCGUCCUGUCUCCAAAUGCUGUGAAAGACAUCUGCCAUUUGGGGUGUGACUGUUUCAGAGACUGGCAGGAAUCAGCUGAGCUCAUUGAGAGGAGCUUCAUGCUCAACGAGGAGUUUGACAACCUAAAUAUGCGAAGUGCCACUGACCCCGUGAGGAGGCUCAAGUACAGGACAGAGGACGACAAGAGGAAACAAAGAUGGUGGAAUUUAUGGGGGAAGGACAAAGAGAAAUGUGAGGAGGAAGAGCAGUUAAAAGAUGCGACGCUGGAUAGAAAGAGAAAGGAGGGAGACACAGGAACGUGGAGGAGAAGAUGAACAAGAAAAAACAUCCAUAUUAAAGGCAUUAUUUUGUCUGUUGUUUUAAGUCCUCGCGUUGACUUCCUUAGGAGUUAAACCUUUGUUACUGAUUCUGAAACUUCUUUUAAAGCCCUUUUAAAAAAACUUCUGCCUGUGGAGCAAAACGCAAAUUCAUGUACACAACUAUUCCACUUUGUGUUAUGUGUCCACACAACUUUGAAAGGGAGUGAAAUACAACACGAGACUUCGUAUAUUUAAACAAAAUAUACGAUGCAGUCUUUACUCUGUCAAUUAAUGACAAGUUACAGAAAGUAUGAUGCGUUUUCAGUCAUUAGCAACAUACAUGCAUCUAAUAUAUAUAAUAGAUUAUUUGUGCUUAUACAAGCACACAUAUGAAUAUGAAGCUGCAUGUCUGCCUGAUGUGUAGAUAAUAACACAUUAUUAUUAUUAUAAAAAAAGUCAUUGUAGCCGAAGGCGCUGGAGUCUAAAUUUGAAAUCAAUAUUUUGUCAAGCACUAUGUGUACGUUGUUUAUUGCAUUACCUUUGCCAUGUUAAUUAUGGUGUAUCCCUCGAGCUAAUGUUUCUAAUCUUUAUUUUGUCAUUAUAAAAAUAUGUCCCUUAAUAUGACUUGCAUUGUAUGUGAAAUAGCAAAGUAAAGUAUUGUACUAACAGCGUGUGACAUACCGGCCUCUUCUCUGCUCACUG